GGAGCUGGGAACGAAGGAGAGAGAACUGGAGGGGAUCGUGGGGAGGCAGAGACAGUUGGAGAGCCAGCUUCAUGAGCUGAGCUUACGAGCAGGUGGAGACGCAGGUUCAGAACGAACGCCUUCGACACACAAACAAGGAUCUGCAGGACCAGCUGGAGAGGAGCACGAGGGAGCUGGAGACAGCACGGCAUCACCUGAGACAGCUGCAGGAGGAAGCAACGAGAGAGGAGAGACAGAAAGACAGGGAUGUUGUCACAGUUUCCAGGAACAUGCAGAAGGAGAAGGAGAGUCUGCUGAAACAGUUGGAGCUGCUGAGGGAGAUGAAUAAGAAGCUGCGUGACGAACGUGACGCCCACGAGUCCAGGAAGCUGACGCUCCCUGGCAAAAAGCCCCUGCUGAAGAAAGGGUCAGUGAUAGGCAAAUACUUCAUGGAGGACAAGCCAAUCAAACGACAGCUGAGCCCUCCCAAUCUGGCAUCUCCACCCCCAGAGGAAGUGACAGCAGAGCCCAACAGGAAGAACAGCAAGUAUGCGACCAAUCAGAGAGCGGAAGAGGCAGACGGGUGCGUGGAAGAGGAGGGGCAGAGACAGGAAGACGUAGAAAUUAAGCUGUUGACAAGAGGGCCGCCUGCGGGCACCGAAACAGUGGACUGCAGCCCCUCUCCCCUGCCCCCCGAGAGGGUCUUCAAGGUGGUCUUGGUCGGGAACUCUGGGGUGGGGAAGAGCUCCUUCAUCCACCGAUUCUGCCAGGGCUGCUUCCUGUCUGAGAUCAGCGCCACCGUGGGCAUCGAUUACCAGGUGAGGAGUCUGAGCGUGGACACGACCCCUGUCGCCCUGCAGCUGUGGGACACGGCUGGCCAGGAGAGGUUUCGCAGCAUCACGAAGCAGUAUUUCCGGAAGGCUGAUGGGAUCCUGGUGAUGUACGAUGUGACCCAGGAGCACUCCUUCACCUCCGUGAGGAACUGGAUGAUCAGCGUGCAGGAGGGCGUGGAGGACAGCGCUGUGAUCUUCCUGCUGGGGAACAAGACAGAUGUGGCCGGACCACAAGGGAGGGAGGUCACUACUGAAGAGGGGCUGAGACUUGCACAGGAGUACCAGGCUGUGUUCUACGAGUGCAGCGCCAAGGCAGGAUACAACAUCACACAGCCCAUGAUGCAUAUGGCCAGGUUAUUGGCUGAGCAGGAGGAUAAACAGUGUUACAGCGCCCUCUACCUGUCCAAGGAUUAUGACAAGAAGAAGGGCUGCUGUAUAAAAAACUAAUGGCAGGUCGUUCUGACCUCUGACCUACUUACUACCCCCGGAUCGCCAGCCUGCCAGAAGGCUGUCAGUGUUAAUAACUGUCUCAAUUAUUAUCUUCAUCCUCACUGUUUCAAAUGAUCUGGAGUCUGGCUAUGCUGUAGUGAGUCAGUGAAUGUUUCUGACAAACUGAAUCGGAUGACACUCUCACAGCAGAGUGAACCCGAUCAAAUAAUCUGAUUCGUGCAAAUGAGUUCAAAUCACAGCUUAGCCAGAACUGUCGAUUAUCCAAGCCAAGCAAGUCCCAUGCAUGCUGGAGGGAGGCUCGCUCCUGUAGGAUCUGUUCAGUCUCAUAGUUAGCAGACUCGCUCCUGUAGGAUCUGUUCAGUCUCAUAGUUAGCAGACUCGCUCCUGUAGGAUCUGUUCAUUCUCAUAGUUAGCAGACUCGCUCCUGUAGGAUCUGUUCAGUCUCAUAGUUAGCAGACUCACUCCUGUAGGAUCUGUUCAGUCUCAUAGUUAGCAGACUCGCUCCUGUAGGAUAGUUUCCGUCUCAUAGUUAGCAGACUCGCUCCUGUAGGAUCUGUUCAUUCUCAUAGUUAGCAGACUCGCUCCUGUAGGAUCUGUUCAUUCUCAUAGUUAGCAGACUCGCUCCUGUAGGAUCUGUUCAGUCUCAUAGUUAGCAGACUCACUCCUGUAGGAUCUGUUCAGUCUCAUAGUUAGCAGACUCGCUCCUGUAGGAUAGUUUCCGUCUCAUAGUUAGCAGACUCGCUCCUGUAGGAUCUGUUCAGUCUCAUAGUUAGCAGACUCGCUCCUGUAGGAUCUGUUCAUUCUCAUAGUUAGCAGACUCGCUCCUGUAGGAUCUGUUCAGUCUCAUAGUUAGCAGACUCGCUCCUGUAGGAUAGUUUCCGUCUCAUAGUUAGCAGACUCGCUCCUGUAGGAUAGUUUCCGUCUCAUAGUUAGCAGACUCGCUCCUGUAGGAUCUGUUCAUUCUCAUAGUUAGCAGACUCGCUCCUGUAGGAUCUGUUCAUUCUCAUAGUUAGCAGACUCGCUCCUGUAGGAUCUGUUCAGUCUCAUAGUUAGCAGACUCACUCCUGUAGGAUCUGUUCAGUCUCAUAGUUAGCAGACUUGCUCCUGUAGGAUCUUCUCAUUCUCAUAGUUAGCAGACUCAUGGAGGCAGGCAGGGCUGAGGCUGCCUCAUUUCAUCCCAGCUCCUGCCAGUAAAAUUUCAAUUGCUGUUGUGUUCUUGUAAAAUGUUUAACGAGUUUACACACACUGUCUUCCUGUUUACGUGCUGAUUUCCUGCUUGCGUGCUGACUUCCUGUUUACACGCUGUAUUUUAAAUAAUUACCCAUCAUUCAAUCUUCUUCUGGGAUAGUGUCCUGUUUUCUGUCACAUGGCCAUUCCCUUGCAAAUUGCCUCAACGAGAAUCACAUGUGAUAUUUGAUCAUUUUAAAUACAUGUAUAUAUUCAAUUAUUUUAACAUCAGUCUGUAAAUAUCAAAUUAUUUUAAAUCGAGGUGUAAAUAUCAAAUCUUCUACCAAUAAAGAACUAUAAUGAAAAAACAUG